CGAUUUUUUAUUAAAAUUUAAGUUUAAAAUUUAAUAUAAAAAUAUUUUUAUUGACCAAUUAGCAUCAUGAUAAAAAGCAUUGUUGAUUAUUGGAUAAUUACUAGAAUGUGAAACAGGUUAAGAGGAGGGGAAGGGGUGAGUAACGAGAUACUAACAAAAUCAGCUAAACACAGUCGCAACAAAUCAGACACCUUUACUAAUCAUUCUUGGGAGGAGGACGGAUCCCCUGCUGCGGAAGUCCGCAGAUGGUUCUCCAACAUCCUCAAGCCCACACAAAAUUCAGCUUGCCCUCCACGCCAGCAUCUUCAGCGGAGGUCCCGCUUCCAAACGGAACCAACCUCCCCUGCACCUCAGCCGCAGGGGAUCCAAUCCCCUUCCCGCCCAAGCUUCAAGUCUACUCCUGCGGAGUCUCUGCCUCUGUCUCCGCCAAGGAAUCUCGUUGAGUCUGCUCACCGGAGAACCAUAUCGUCUUCAACUUGCUCGCUGGAGAAGAUCGCGUCCAGGUAUGUCGCAAAAGGAGAUGAAGUAAGCCAGCAAGAAGAUGAUAAUUAUAGCCUCAACGGUUUCCUCAAAGAGCAGAGGGAUCUGUUCAAGAAAAUCUCCAGCGGAGAGAUUCAUGCAAAUGCCAAAGUCAUUCUUUCUGGGCCUUCGAACAGUACUGCAUCGAUGGUGGCUGCGAUUUGCCAUGCUUGGCUGUUGGGGUACAGGGAGAGGGAGAAGGGAAGUGGUGUGGUGGUGCCAGUGAUGAACGUGAAGCGAAGCUCCAUGUUGAAGCUGAGGCAAGCUGCAUGGCUGUUUCACCACUCUGGUCUUGAUGCUUCUGCAUUGCUUUUCGCUGAUGAGGUGGACAUGGAAAACCUUUUGGUGACUGGCCAAGUGACUGUCCUCGUGGUUGGAAAAGAUAUCCUAACCACUACCGGCGAGGUUGGAUCUCAGUGCACCAUUCUCACGGAUAAUUAUUGUGAAGAUGCCUAUGAUCUGCUUCAAAACUCUGUACUAAAGAAACUAUUGCUAGCUGGAAUUCUACUAGACACACAGAAUCUAAAGGCUUCUGCAUCUGUAUCAAUGACAAGAGAUGCAGAAGCAGUUCAAUUGCUAUUGGUUGGCUCACCCCCAAACUACAGAUAUGCUCUAUUUGAUCAAUUGCUACAAGACCAAAAAUCUACUUCUUUUGUGGAAGCUUUGAACUUUAACUAUGGGAAACCUUAUGAUCAAAGUGACAAGAACAGCGAAGGAAACAUGGAGCAUAAAUUUCGAGAAAGAAAAUCAAGCUCUAAGUCUAUAUCUGACAGAGAAACCAUGUUGUCAAGUACAAAAACGAAUUCCAGCGACACAAAAAGCGUCAAAAGUAACAUGGUUUCACCAAGAACAGCCAAACUUAUUACGCCACCUUCACGAUCUCCUGCUCCAGUAUCAGCACCAGCGCCAGCACGUGUUGAAAAGGAAUCCAAUUUUCGCGGGAAAAACACCUCCUUCUUAGCAAGGUGGUUUGGUUUUGGAAAAUAA